UUAAGUAAGAUUAAGACAUAUAAGAAGUCAGGACUCAGGAGGACAUGUCUAAACUAGAAUCUUAGUUUCUUGUGUGAUCUUGAUAUGGAAAAGAAAUAAGUUUUAUAUUGUUGAUUAGGCUAGGGUUAUAGCUGGAGCUGGAGACUAAUUUAGGACAAGCAAGACAGAGAAUAAACAGACAGCCAAACCCCGAAUCACGGAUUACAACACAUGGGAUAAAUAUGAUGCUGAUACCGAAAUUGUAAAGAUGGAUUUGGAGGCUCAACAAGAUAUUGGGAAAGAAAAAGAAGUGAAAAGGUUAAAAGAGGUGGAAAAUGAGAGGCUUCAGCUGAUUGUUAAAGAAGCAGAAAAACUGUCAGAGACAGAAAAAAAAGCACUGGCCGAAAAAGAAAAGGACCGCGGAAACGAAUACUAUGGAGCAAAAGAAUACAUCGAAGCAGAAAAAUAUUACUCCGCAUCAAUAGCAAUAUGGCCAACAGCUAAGGCUUUCAACAAUAGAGCAGCAUGCUAUCUUAAGCAGUGCAAGUACGCUGCGGCGCUCUCUGAUGCCAAUAGCACUCUCGCUCUGGAGCCUGAUAAUGUUAAAGCUCUCUUUAGAAGAGGGGUUGCGCUUCAACAUCAGAACAAAUUCAGAGGGACAGAGAAUAAACAGACAGCCAAACCCCGAAUCACGGAUUACAACACAUGGGAUAAAUAUGAUGCUGAUACCGAAAUUGUAAAGAUGGAUUUGGAGGCUCAACAAGAUAUUGGGAAAGAAAAAGAAGUGAAAAGGUUAAAAGAGGUGGAAAAUGAGAGGCUUCAGCUGAUUGUUAAAGAAGCAGAAAAACUAUCAGAGACAGAAAAAAAAGCACUGGCCGAAAAAGAAAAGGACCGCGGAAACGAAUACUAUGGAGCAAAAGAAUACAUCAAAGCAGAAAAAUAUUACUCCGCAUCAAUAGCAAUAUGGCCAACAGCUAAGGCUUUCAACAAUAGAGCAGCAUGCUAUCUUAAGCAGUGCAAGUACGCUGCGGCGCUCUCUGAUGCCAAUAGCACUCUCGCUCUGGAGCCUGAUAAUGUUAAAGCUCUCUUUAGAAGAGGGGUUGCGCUUCAACAUCAGAACAAAUUCAGAGGGACGGAGAAUGUUCUGCUAGAUAUUGCUAUAGAGGUUGCCAAGUACCUCUCGCCUCGUGAUAUAUCUUCCUGUUGUGCUGUAUCUCGUCACUGGCGAGAAGUAUUCGGUACCGAUCAGGUUUGGAAAGAACUGUGUGAUUCAGAAUUAGAAGAGCAUCUGAGGACUACGCCGUGUGUUGUAGAGCCGCAGUUCUCUCUCCCUGAACAACACUGCUCUCUAGCUCCUCUCAGUCGGUGGCGAGCAGCUUACCUGCGGGAACAACAUCUGUGGAAGAACUGGCGAACUGGCAACUGUAAAACUAUGGAAGAGGAAAUGGAAAACUUCAAAACUAAAACUUCGCCAGAGCUGUUUGUAACUAAUGACUUGAUAAUGGUGUUUUAUGGAGACUCAAUACAACUGUGGGACUUGAAAACCUACCCUCCUACUCAAAAGGAUAAACUACUGCUUGGUAAAAGAUGUUAUUAUACACCCAGGGCCUUAAAUAAUGGAAUCAUUAUUUUGAAGGGUUAUUCUGAAGGAGACUUUAUUAAAAUUGUUAAGGUAGAUGUAGCCCAGUACACUAUCAACUAUAAAUGGCAGGUAGAAUUAAACUCUGAUUAUUCAUUUAAACUUGUGUCCAGCAAUAAAAAAGUAUUGAAUAAUUUAGAUUCUAUGAACCAAUUUGAUCUAAUAAUUACUCCUGGAGGAAAGUGUAUUGGCCAUUUUUGGUUUUGUGAAGAAAAUGACUCUUUCUACAUAUGGGAUUUGGAAAAUGGAGUGGAACUAAGAAAGGAAUGUUGUUCUACACGCUUACCAGAAGGGGGGUUGAGUAUUGUAGGAUGUAAAACUGGAUCCAAAACAUGUGAAGAUAUCCUAGUACUCCUUCCCAAUACAAUGUUACCCGAUCUUCCUGGAAUAGUGACAGUGACAUGUCGAGUUUAUAAUGUACAUCAACUAUGUUUCUUACCCUUUGAGCAAACUUUUUCUGUUUUUUGCGGGUUUUUAAUGGGUUUUACACAAGAUUCCUUCAAUUACUGUGCAAUAACUGACAAUUUUUUGGCUCUUUCAGACUGUGAUAUUAAAAAUCCAGAAGAGGUUUCUGAUGUCAGAGUUUACAACUACAGAUCUGGACAUCUAUUACACAAGUUACCCUCUAAAGGGACGAUUCAGAUCAUAAAUGAUUUGUGUUUUCUGUUUAAAAUGCCAAAAGUUGUUAAACAAGUCACAAGCCAGAGACCAAACUCCAGACAAAUGAUGCCUCAAGAUGAUAAAACUGUUUUGUGCUCCGUUUUCUGUCCAUCUGGAGCUAUUUUGGAAGAUACUACAGGCUGUGAAGUCAAUCAUUUUCGUGUUUUUGGGAAGGGACUUGUAGAAAUAUUUUCAACCCAAGUUAUGCUUAGGCCUAAUUUACUUGUAAAUUCUUCAACCGAAGUUUGGAGGUUGAAUCAAUUCUCCUCUUUUAAAACUGGUGUAACUUUCCCUGAGCGUACAGAUGUAAAUCGCGCCUUCACAAAGGUUAUAACAAGAACAGACACAAUCUUGGAAGAAGAGGACACAAUCAGAGUCACCUACUUUUGGUAAUGUUAUAGUGACAGUAUGUCGGUGUUUAUAAAUGUAAGUUGUAAUUGUAUCAUUUCAUUAUUUAUUGUAUUUCGUGUAGAACUGGUAUAAACAAUUUGCAAUGUUCAUAUAGCUAAGGUUUAUGAUUACAGAAUGCCAGUAAUUGAGAAAAUUAAAUUAUGGAAAUUUUAAAUUGCAAAAGUGAAUUCAACACACUCUCUUUUAAUCCAUGCUUUUAUCAUUGAGUAUAAACCUAACUAUCAACCU